GGGAGAACAGCCUCUCAGUCGUUCUGAAGUGUUUGGUUUCCCGCUCGUCUCAAGUUUUUUUGGUUUUUGCCGCGCCAUAAUAAUUAAACAAAAACCAAACCUCGAAAUGAAAUCGUUCAAAAGGUUCUUUCACUCAUCUACUGUGUAAAGUAGGAAGCUACAGACCUCCAAUACCGCGGUAGAGAGAUAUGCUGGGAAGAGUGAGAAGACCAUCGAUUAGCUCUUUGGAGCAAUUGGAGUUGGAGAGGCAACCUCCCAGGCUCACCAAAACAGAUUCCCUUUCAAUCUAUGAGACAACACUACUGAAGUUGAGAGAAGGCUCGAGGCGGUGUGAAAUAAGCUCUUGUUUAGAGGAUUUAGGUAGUGGAAGUAUGAGUCUUUCUUCCACGGAAAAUAGUUUUAGAGAGGAAGCUUCUGCACUUGAUAGCAAUUCUUCUUCUGGUGGUUCGGCCGAGGAUUCACCAAGACCACAACUAGCAACGAGGCAUUUUUCUCUUCCUUACUUAUUUCUAAGAUAUAGAAUCUUGCAUGGUACAGUAAGAUCACCUGAUAGGGAUGAUGGAAUGCACAGUGAUCAUUGUUAUUCCACUGAAAAUGCUUUAAUACCUCCCGUCUGUCCUGGCAAUCUCCAGAACAGCUCAUGACACGCACUUACAGCUGGAAUGAAAGUAUUGUACCGCGAUGCUAUUGUAUUAUGCAAAGAAUUAUUAUUGCAACAGAUCUUAAAGUCUGCUGCUUUAUUUUCAUGUAACUUGAUUUACAAUCAUAAUUCAUAAGUUGUCUAGCAGUGCAUAAGAAUGGCUUAAAGUCAUAUUUAUAUGUUUAUGGAUAAAGGCUUGUGACAUCAAAGUUGUAUCGUAAACCGAACAAAUGUACUAUAUCAACUCGAAAGGGAUGUGAGGAACUUGAGGUUGUUUAUUAUAAGUCCCUCUGCUACUCUGCAAGUAGUGACCAUUGAAGUUAGUGAAUGCACUUUUGGAUUU